AUGUCUGUCGUAAUUAAUGAAGUUUUGUACUUCUUAAUUAAUAAAUUUGAUUUGCUGGACAAAGAAAGUUUCAUUUAUAAUGUUCCUGAAUUUUACACACUCGAAGAUAUUUCUGGUGCUGUUAAAUUGUUAAAAAAUGAUUAUGAAGCUGUUAAAGAUGAAAUCUGUGAAAAAUUCACAACGCAGGAUACUAAGAAAAAAGAUAAAUUACUGUGUUGUAUUUCUAUUUUGAAGUGUCUUAAAACUCAUGGCUUAAUGGAUAAAUGUCCCGUAUAUGAGUGGAGGCCAUUUCCUGCCAUCCAGCGUUCAAAAAGUCCGUUGAACCCAAUCCUAAAAUACGAAUCAGUCCAAAUCCUUCAGGUUAUGCGUCAACAGCAAAUUUACCGACAUAGUAAAAAACAUCGACUAAUGGCCAAUUCAGGUCAAGUAUCUCAUGUCUCUAGAAUCAUUUUCAGUGAUAUAUCGGGUCACCUACAUAUAUUUACAAUAGCUGAAGAAAAAGUAUCAGAUGUUGAGGUUGAGGUGGUAGAUAAGUUAUAUUUUUCUAGGCGAAACCUGGAAAAGGUUAAUAACCAGAUGUUAGCCCUUGAUUGGUCGGCUGUCUUUGCUUCAGCUGACGUCAAUAUUGCUGUUAACAUAUUUCUGAAAUAUGUUACCUCUACCAUUUCUAAAUUCUGUCUUAAAACUCAAGUCACUAAGAAAAAAUUCAAAAAACCAUGGUUCACAAAUGAGCUACUGAAAUUGCCUAAACUUAAAAAUAAUCUUCACAAGGAAUUUUUAAAAAAUCCAACUGAUUUUAAUAAGCAAUUCUUUAUUAUCAAGAGCCGAUUUGCUAACGGUAGGUUGACUAUCAUACUAUUCUGCGUUGCAUUCUUUUUUGCAAAUAUUCCAAAUCUCAAAUCAGUCAUAAAUGAAAACAAAUUUAACAAUAACGAUUCGGUUGCUAUCUUCAUACAGUUCUCCAUAGCCAAAACCGCCAUGUACAUUGUCAAAACCAUCUGUUUUUUCUCUAACGAGGCCAUUGACAUCGCCUCCAAUCAAGAAUGUUUCACAUUUUAG